AUGGAUUGGCCAAUUGAUCAACUAUAUGGACUAUUAAAUUAUAUAUACCAGAGGAUCGGUUAUCUAUUUUAUUUGGUCGAUCCUCGGCAGUGUAUGUUUGAACAUGUCUAUCAAGUGCCCCGUUAUGUUGAGGAGAUGUUUCCCGUAUUCAUAGCACUGGCCAUUGCCGAAAACGGCCUACGAUUAGUUAAAGGCAAACCAAUUUACCGAUUUAACGAUACAAUAGCAUCGGUAGGUCAGGGCAUAUUUCAGGAGUGUGUCCGAUUAAAAUUGCGAAGUUUUGAGGUACUGGUCUACUGUAUGGUUUGGGACAACUAUAGGCUACUGUCGAUGCCCUGGGACUCACUAACUACUUGGUUACUAUGUUUUUUGGGUGUCGAUCUCGGUUUCUAUAUAUUUCAUCGCAUUUCACACGAGGUAAACAUUAUAUGGGCCGUACAUCAGGCACAUCAUAGUGCCGAGGAUUUUACAAUGAUAUCGGCGCUCAGGCAGGCAGUACUGCAACCGUUUACAGCCUGGUUUGCAUACCUACCGAUGGCACUGUUUAUACCGCCAUCAAUAUUCCUGACGCACCUACAGCUCAGCGAAAUCUAUAUGAUUUGGAUACAUACGGAAGCUAUCGGAUCGUUGGGUCCACUAGAAUGGCUGCUGAACACACCCAGCCAUCAUCGGGUACAUCACGGCCGUAACCGACCGUACAUUGACAAGAACUACGGCGGAACACUGAUAAUCUGGGACCGACUGUUCGGUACAUUUCAAUCGGAGGACACGGUAGGCGAACCGGUUGUCUACGGACUCGUACAUCCCGUUCAAUCGUAUAAUCCGUUUUAUCUACAAUUUCAUCAUUGGAUCCGAAUUGGCCAAUCAGUAUUCAGGGCGGAAAACUGGUCAAAUCGUUUUGGCCAUUURUUUUACGGUCCCGGUUGGUCACCGGGUAAACCUAGACUAGGCUUAGCCACGGAUGUACCGCUUAUCGAUCAUCCGGUUGAGUACUGGUCGCCAGCGAUACCUUUCUGGCAAAAUGUCUAUACAAUUGUACACUUUUUGUUAAUACUCGGCUAUUACUAUACGGUAGCCGAUGGGCACCGGCAGCUCUCGCAACAAACCAUUAGCUACUGUAUAGUCGUAUUGCUUGUGUCGUUGACAACCAUUGGUCUACUACUGGAAAAUAGUCGAUUUGGUCUACACCUGGAACUCGACUAA